AUGCACGAAGAAACCCGGAGACCUUUUAUUUCGCGUUCACUACCUGGUGAGCAUAUUGCUCCAAAUAGUCUACCAACCUCUUUAUCUACCACCCCCAUAACAUUUCAAACCCCAACUUCAACUUUGACUGUUCCCACCGCUCAAACUGCUUCUGGCAUGGAGGAUAAUUUUGCAAAAAUGAGGAGAACUCGUAGAAGUCAUUCAACUUCUUCAUCGAGUCAAAGUUUACUCAAGAGAAGUUUAUCAAUAAAACCAAAAACACAGUCAAAUCUAUACUCUUCAAACUUAUUCCCGGCCAACGAGAGUGAUACUAGUAAUAGGUCGUCUUUCGAAGAGUUCGACUUUUCAUCCCCUGGAACUCCUUUUACUGGUACAAACUCUGGUUCAACUUCGAGUAGUAGUUCUUUGAGCUCACCUUACUUUACCCCUUUACCUUUUUAUCAAAGAGAAAGACAUCAUUCGUUAUUUGUACUUUCGGGUAAAUCUAGUAAUCAAUCAGUAAUUCCUCCUUUACAACAACUUGAAGAUAUUCAAGUCUCACAAACUUCAAAGAAAGUUCCUCCUCAAUCACCAGACUUUUUACAAUCAUCAAUACAUCAACAAAAAUUUCCUCAACCAACAAAUCAACGUCGACCAAGCGGUGCUAGUUCACAACUUAAACGAUUAUUAUGUAUGAAAUCGGAUAAUUAUCCAACAAAUACAUCCCUCUAUUCAGAUUCCGAAACAGACUCAUUAGAAACAGACUCAGAUGCUUAUGCAACAAAUGAUGAACAACCUUCGUCCUUUACUCUUUCCUCUUCCGUAAAACGUAGACCUUCCUUUCAAAGAUCCCCUACCAAAAGAUUUUUUCCCGAUUUAUCUGUUGAUGCUGAAGAAAAUCAUUUAAAUGAUUUACAUAUAAUUGAUGAAGGUUCACCAGAUUUUACUUUUCCAAAAGUCAAACGAAAACUUUUAAAAGAUCUCGAAGAAACAAAAUGUAAAGCUGAUCGAAAAAUUAUGAAUAUUUUGGAAAAUUGGUAUCAAUCUCAUCAAUAUCAAGAACUUUUAACUGAUCUUUUAUAUGAUGGUUGGAGUGAUGACGAUGAUAAGCAAGCACCAAUUAAUAUUAAAAAGAGAUCGAAAACUAUGAAUAAAGUUGGGACUAAUCCUUUAAUAAAUUCAGUGUCAUUAUGUGCAAAUAAGAAAUCUCAACGAAGGAAAAAACCAGAAAGAAGAUUAAUACAUUCAAAUAGUUGGCCAUCUUCAAGAUUAACAUCAUCACAUACACUUCUGUUGACACGUAUUGAUCGUAUUGCACGACGUAUUAUCAAAACGGCUGUCUACGAUUUAUUACAUUUUAACGUUGCUGUUGAAAUAAUGAAAGAACUCCAAGAACUUAUGGAAUCCCAAAGAAAGAUGGCUGUGGGAAAUGCCGAUGCAGAAGAAUUAUUAACAAAACUAGUUUAUGUUUUUGCUGAUGUGACAAGAGCUGUCGAGGCAGUUAAUCAAUCGUUUACUGAAACAACCCCAGAUUCAGGUGAAAGUGGCGCAAAAGAUGAUACGCCGACCACAAGCUCAGAAUGGUCAAUUUCCCCUUUACCAUCGCCAUCACUUCCCUUGACACCUCCUUUAUAUUCUUCAUCUCCACCAAAUUUUCCUUCGCAUCAUUUGCAAGAACGUCGUAAGUCUGCAGCUGAAAAUUUUGAUAAUAAAGCACAAGCGACGGUUUCAUCCCCAUUAGCCCAACAUGUCACUACUCCUCCUAUCAUGUACCAUCCUUCAUUUAGGGCUUCACUUGAACAAAGACGUGCUUCUGCGAAUGAAGCCGUUUUUGAAAGUCCGAUAAUGUAUGUGCCCCCUUCUCGUCCAAGUAUGGAUGAUAAUCUUCCUACAUGGAAUAGUCUUACAAGGAGGCAGGUAGAUCAAAUGCUUCACGAAGAGAUGAACAGAGAUAUAGAUUUAAGUAUUAUGAAAAAACAACGUGAGGAUGAUCCUGACAAUAAGAAAAAAGUAAAGAAGUCGAGACCAGUGAUGAACUUUUUCAAAUCAUUGAAGAAUGCGUUCCAUAGUCCUACAUCUUCAACCAGUGUUUCACCUACCGGAUCCCCGACGCUUUCAAUAAUUCAACCAAGUCCCAUACGUAAUAUACAUUUACCUCGUCCUCCUCAACCAGAAAAGUCUCGUUCGCUCUCUUUUGAUUCACACGCAUUUUCAUUGUCUCGUCAAAGCUCAUCAAUGUCAUUAAAAGGUGAAAAUAAUAAUACAACUAAUAUUAAUUUUAAUAAUGCUGUUCCGACCUCUGGUUUUCCAAUCCCUCAUGAUUUUAUACUGUGCCGUAUUUGUGAAGAGAUGAUUCCAAGUCAUGAGUUGGACGCACACUCCGAAACUUGCGCAAUAACUACAGAAUAUGCAAUAAAAUUAGAAGAAUGUGAUGGUAGACUCCGUAAAUUAGUGGGAGAUGUCGAAAAGAAAAAAACAGAAAAUUUGAAUCUCGAUUAUUUCAAUUUAAAAGAUGCUGAACUUAUGCAAUCAAUUGGUCGAAAAGCCGCUAAUAUUAAAGAAACAUCAAAUCGUCGUGAAGCUUUAAGAAAAUGUGAAAAGUAUUCUACAAAGUUAGGGCGAUUGGUUGAGGAAAUGGAAAAGAAUUCAACAAAAGAUGAAAAUAUAUUGAUUUAUGGCAAACGUUUGCUUCACGUAGUUCGAGAAAAGCAUGAAGCACUUCCUGUAAUGGAAACUUCAGCUUUGCAGAUACCACAAAAGAUUGGUCGGAAGCAAUCGAUAUCAAGUCGAAUGCUAUCAACUUCAGCGUCAAGUAAAGCUUCGACCAACUUAUUAUCAAAACAACCUAGUUAUCAUCGUCAUCGUCAUCGUGGUCAUAAGGAUAUGUCAUCGCACAAGCGUCAAGACAGCAACGGCUCAAUAUCAUACGGUAAGGCGCCUUACGAAAUUGAUUCUGAUAAUGCCCCACCAGCUCCUCCUCGUGGUAAGAAAUUAAUUUCACUUUUUGCCGCUGUCUUACGAGGAGGAAAUGGUCGUGCUGGUAGCAACUCAAAUAAGGAUGCUAGUAAUUCUGGUAACAGGUCGAUUAAUAACGAAGAUAAAGGUUCAAAGACAAAAAUACCCAGUAUACAGGACUUUGAAAUCAUUAAGCCUAUUAGUAGAGGUGCUUUUGGAAAAGUAUAUCUUGCAAGAAAAAAGACAACGAGGGAUCUUUACGCUAUUAAAAUUUUAAAAAAGGUUGACAUGGUGCGGAAGAACAUGGUCAUGGAAUAUUUAAUAGGAGGUGAUUUAUCAUCUUUGUUGCAAUGUUUUGAACGUUUUGAUGAAGACAUGGCACGUAUGUAUACAGCCGAAGUAGUAUUGGCUCUUGAAUAUUUGCAUAACAAUGGAAUCACGCAUCGUGAUUUAAAACCUGAUAAUAUGUUAAUUACCUCCGAAGGGCAUAUAAAACUCACUGACUUUGGAUUAUCGAGGAUUUCAAUUCCCGAAAAAAGUAUGACAUAUUUGGGAAAAUCGAAUGAUGAAGCUGAUAAAAAAAAGUUUUCAAAAAGAGUUGCAAAUCCGGAAUCACGUAACAGCGUUGUCCAUCAACGCCCGGCAUCUGCAAUUUUUUCUAAUGAAAACUCUAAGCGAAACAGUCAUGUUAAUUUCUAUGGUUUGGAUUCGAAUACAACUAAUUCAACGUUUCAACAAUCUUCAAAGGCGUUUAAGAGGCAAAAUCGUCAAAGUUCAAAGGCUCUAUUGGGAACUCCAGAUUACCUUGCACCUGAGUUGCUUCUUGGUAUUGGUCACUCAACGGCGGUUGAUUGGUGGUCUCUUGGUGUAUGCUUAUUCGAAUUUUUAUUAGGGUAUCCACCUUUCAAUGAUGACACGCCCCAAUCAAUCUUUAGAAACAUUUUAAAUCAUGAUAUCCAAUGGCCCCCUGAAGGAUUUUUAUCUCCAGAAGCAAAAGAUCUAAUUUCAAAAUUACUAAAUCAAACUCCUGAUAAAAGACCAACAGUUGAAGAAGUUAAAACCCAUCCUUUCUUUAAUGGGAUUGUUUGGGAAAAUAUUCGUCAACAGAAAGCACCUUUUGUGCCUAAUCCCGAAGACGAACAAGAUACGAGCUAUUUUGAAGCCCGUAACAAUCGUGCAGAUAUUCGUCGACUUUCUGCUGGUAACAUGGAUGAUAUUGCAAUUGGAAAAGUGGGAGAUCGUAAAUCAGGAAUCUUUGAUGAUGAUGAUAUUUUACAAAUAUCUAGUGAAAAUAUUCCACCACCUUUAUUAUUGUCGGCUGUCACUGCGGAACCAAUAGAGUUUAUUUCCCCAAAUUCACCUACAUCACCUUCUUCCCGUAAUAAACCUGAUUUGACAAUAAACACUCAUCUCCGUGAACGACGUCAAUCCUCUCUCAAGUCAGUUUCAUCUUCCACACUUAAACCUCCACCCACCGAAGAAUCACAAAUGCCAACUAAACCAACUCAAAAGCGUAGACCAUCACUUUUGAAAUUAACGGCGAGUAAAUCCAGAAAACAAUCUAUAAGUGGCAUUUAUGAUGGUGGCUCUUUAGCAUCAUCAGCUUCCGGAACACCCACUACAUCAGCAACAAUCAUAUCGACGUCUAAUUUGGCAUCCCCAUCUUUUAACCCAUCAAGGCGUUCAACUCUUGUAGGAUCACCAACUAUGCACGAUUUGGAUCAGAAAAAUGUCCAAACAAAUUCGGGAGAUACGGAAUUCGAUGCUUUUGUGUACAAGGGAGUAUCAUUUUUAGGUGACGUCAACAGGGACGUUUUGUCUUCUGGAAAUAACAAUAGUAGUGCUAGUAGUACUGUUUGUGGUGGAAGUGGAAAUAGUUCAAUGAAAAAACCAUCAAUCGUAGAUCUUAAAGAAAAUAAUUGA